UAGAAACUUUUAAAAAAAAAUUCUUUUAAUAAAUCACUCUAAUUCUUUUUUUUUUCAUCUGACAGGAAAAUGACAAGAUUUCCUUUAGCAAUAUGUCUAAUGUGUAUAAUAGUAGCAUCAAGUACGGUAUAUGAAGCGCAAGGAGGUUUCUUAUUAAGGCAUUACUUGAGUAAACUUCCUAGACUGGCCAACGAGUUUGAACCUUUCGCUUUCAAGAUUAUGAUUAGAUUUAUAGACAACCUUGAGAGCUUAUGCUCCUCGAAAGUGGAGUACAAGGAGUUCUUCUCAAAACUGAAGGCUUUUUUGAUCUUCAUAAACUCAACAGCAGGGAAGUCUUCAUCGUCAGAAUUUGAGUCUCAGUUGAAAGCACAUUCUGAGGGGCUCUUCAAGGCUAUCACUGCAUUGGGUGUCAAAGCAUCGGCGGAUACGAGCAAGUUGAUUGAAAGUUUGAUGUCGAUGGGAAAAGUUAUGGCUGAGUAUAAGAGGAGCGGUUCACUAACAAUGACAAGUGAACAAAGGAGAGUGCUGAUCACAUCUAUGAUGAAAUGGGCACAAGUGAUUGGUCAGUUUGUGAAAACUGUACGUGAGAAGACUGGUGACGGUGAUAUUGAUCUCCCAUCUCUUGGCAUUGGAGGUGGAGAUGAUGACGCCGGAAGUGCUGGAGGGGGAAGCUCCGGCAGUGGUUCUUCCUCCAUGGGAGCUGGAAGUGCUGGAGGUGGUAGCUCCGGCGGUGGUGCCUCCUCCUUGGGAGCUGGAAGCGCUGGAGGUGGAAGCUCUGGCGGUGGUACCUCCUCCAUGGGAGCUGGAAGCGCUGGAGAUGGAAGCUCUGGAAGUGGUUCUCCCUACCCCGGAGCUGGAGGGACUGGAGGUGGUAGCUCAGGCAGUGGUUCUUCCACCAUGGGAGCUGGAAACACUGGUAUGGGAGAUGGAAGUACUGGUGGCAGUGGAAGUCCAUCCUCCGACAGUGGUACUCCGUCUAGUGAAACUGGAAGUCAUGCUGGCGGUGGAGGCGGUAGCCCGGGUGGAAGCCCAACUGAUAGCUCAACUGCAGCAGGAGGAAGUUCCAUGGGUGGUGGUGGAAGCUCUGGUGAUACCGGAAGUACAACUGGUGCCGGGGGUGGAAGCUCUGGUGAUACCGGAAGUACAACUGGUGCUGCUGGUGGAAGCUCUGGAGAUGCCGGAAGUAUAACUGGUGCUGCUGGUGGAAGCUCUGGUGAUACUGGAAGUACAACUGGUGCCGGGGGUGGAAGCUCUGGUGAUACCGGAAGUACAACUGGUGCUGCUGGUGGAAGCUCUGGUGAUACCGGAAGUACAACUGGUGCUGCUGGUGGAAGCUCUGGUGAUACCGGAAGUACAACUGGUGCCACUGGUGGAAGCUCUGGUGAUACCGGAAGUACAACUGGUGUCGGGGGUGGAAGCUCUGGUGAUACCGGAAGUACAACUGGUGUUGGGGGUGGAAGCUCUGGUGAUACCGGAAGUACAACUGGUGCUGCUGGUGGAAGCUCUGGUGAUACCGGAAGUACAACUGGUGCUGCUGGUGGAAGCUCUGGUGAUACCGGAAGUACAACUGGUGUUGGGGGUGGAAGCUCUGGUGCCGGGGGUGGAAGCUCUGGUGAUACCGGAAGUACAACUGGUGCUGCUGGUGGAAGCUCUGGUGAUACCGGAAGUACAAUGGAUGCCGAGGGUGGAAGCUCUGGUGAUACCGGAAGUACAACUGGUGCCGGGGGUGGAAGCUCUGGUGAUACCGGAAGUACAACUGGUGCUGGUGGUAGAAGCUCUGGUGAUACCGGAAGUACAACUGGUGCCGGGGGUGGAAGCUCAGGUGAUACCAAAAGUACAACUGGUGCUGCUGGUGGAAGCUCUGGUGAUACCGGAAGUACAACGGGUGUCGGGGGUGGAAGCUCUGGUGAUACCGGAAGUACAACUGGUGCCGGUGGUGGAAGCUCUAAUGGUGGAAGCUCUGUUGACACCUCAAGUAUGACUGGUGCCGGUAGUGGAAGUGGCAGCGGUGGAACCUCUGCUGGUGGCGCAAGUGGAAGUCCAACUGAUGAUAGCUCAGGCUCAGGUGAAAGUGCUGGUGGUGAAACCUCUGGUGCUGGUGGUUCAAGCGGAAAUACAUCCAAUAUGUCUACGGAAGAAUCAAGUUCUAUGGGUGGUGGAAAGUCUUCUGAGGACAGUAAAAUCGCUACUGGUGGAAACACCAGUGAGGAAAGCACUUCCGGAGGUGCAAGUGGAGGUUCAACUAAAACCACCGCCGCAGGAGAAAGGUCCAUGAAUAAUGGAGAUUCUUACUCAGAUUCUACAGGUGGAAACACCAUGGGGAGUCCCACCGGGAGUCCUUCUGGUAGUGGUGGGAGCUCUUUCACCGGAAGUGAAACUGGAAGCUCAUCUUACCAAGCUAGAGGAGCAUCCGCAGGUGGGCCGAGUGGAAGUACAACUGAUAGCUCAGCUGCAGGAGCAAGUUCAAUGAAUAGUGGAUAUUCUGCUAAAGGAAGCUCCAAAACAAGUGCCCAAGGAAGUACACAGGGUGGUUCAGGUUUAGCUGAAGGAGCCUCCGAAGGCAAAUCUUUCAAAGGAAAAACUGGCUCUACGAGGUAUGAAGGUUCUUCCAACUAUCAAAAGACGCACUCAAAAUCCUUAGACAAAAGCUCCUUCAGCCAUUCCUCAGAAGAGAAAAGCUCCGGCAACGUCUAAUUAAACUCGUAGGUUCAGGACAAACAUAUAUCAAUCCUAUAACUUCAAUAAAGAGACGGCCCUGCUAAUUUACAGCAGCGAGCUGUAGAAUGUUUUUGCUAAAUACUAGAGAAUCACCUACAUGCGUU